UUUAGUUUGGCCUAUUUAGGGAGGGACACACAUCAGACCUUUAUAGUCGUACGCACCUGUUGGACUUAUCACAGUUUGACUCAUUGUUCUCUGGUGCAACUCACUGAAGCAUCAUUCACCUUGGGAUCUUUGCUUGAUCACUCAUUUCUCCCAGCCAUGAAGUGGACGAUCACAGGAUUCCUUCUGCUGGCUCUGGUGGUUUUCCAGAUAAGUACAGCCAGUGCCUCAACAACUCAGCCUCCUUCAAACGCAACUACAACAGCCAGCAACGCAACAAGUCAACCUGAUUCAAACGCAAGUACAACAGCCAGCGUCCCAACAACUCAGCCUCCUUCAAAUGCAAGUACAACAGUCAGCAUCCCAACAAGUCACCCUGAUUUAAACGCAACUACAACAGCCAGCAACGCAACAAGUCAACCUGAUUCAAACGCAAGUACAACAGCCAGCGUCCCAACAAGUCACCCUGAUUCAAACGCAAGUACAACAGCCAGCGUCCCAACAAGUCACCCUGAUUUAAACGCAACUACAACAGCCAGCAACGCAACAAAUCAACCUCCUUCAAACGCAAGUACAACAACCAGCGUCUCAACAAGUCACCCUGGUUUAAACGCAACUACAACAGCCAGCAACGCAACAAGUCAACCUCCUUCAAACGCAAGUACAACAACCAGCGUCUCAACAAGUCACCCUAGUUUAAACGCAACUACAACAGCCAGCAACGCAACAAGUCAACCUCCUUCAAACGCAAGCACAACAGCCGGCGUCCCAACAAGUCAGCCUCCUUCAAACACAAGUACAAAUCAAACCGGGGUCCCAACAACUCUGCCUCCUUCAAAUACAAGCGCAACUCAAGCCAGUGUUCCCACAAGUCGGCCUCCUUCCAACACAACUAUGACCCAUACGACCACAAUGACAAAUACUACAAUGAUGAAAAAUGGCACCACCACAGUAACAACCCAAACUCCUCGGACGACUCCAUCAUCAGCCUACACAGUGACAGCUAGUGUUAUUAGUUAUACUCUACCAGUUCUCUUUUACAAGCUGAUGAACUGAGCAAACCUGGACUAAAAUUAACCCUAGCUAUUUGAGAAAAGUUGCACUAACAAAAAAACUGUAGUGUAUAAUGUAGUAAAACAGGAAGAGUGUUUAUUUCACUUAGAAUAUAUGAAGAGUUUCGUUGCAAAACGAGAUAACCACCGUUUUUUUAAUUGUUCAGAAAUCUCGUUUUUUGGUUGUGCAUUCCAAUUAAUAUCAAUUCAACUGCAGUUGGUUUGUUUUGAUUUAAACCUUUAAAACUUAAAAAAAUACAGCUAAGUAGCACCAUAAAACAAAAUAAUAACAUGAUAACAUAAUAAUAAACAUGUUUUGACAAAAAUGUUAAAAAAUGGAUUUAUCUCGUUUUGCAACGAAACUCUUCAUAUAUAUAUAUAUAUAUUUUCUUUUAAUCACAAUGAGGCAUAUCAUACUACUGUUAGAGCUUGGACAUGAUCUCCUAUUAAUCUAAUGGCUUAUGUGUAAAUGAUUUCAACUAACAAUCAUAAAAAUGUAUCUUCAUCUGCAUUUUUUUUCAAAUCUAAUUUUUGAGUUUUAGUUAUUAUUUUUAAAAUGUUGAACUGGAUUGUGAAGGGAAAGCAGGCAAGUAGUGACCAACACUGAUUGAUACUUUUUAAUACAUCUCUCAGGUUUGUAUCUUAUAAUAUUGAGUGAAGAGAAAGGUAAAAUAUAAGAUUUGUAAUUUUUUUUAUGUUCAAGUCACAAACUGAGACUUUUGUAGAGCAUUAUUUAUGAACCUUAAAUUAGAAAUUAAAUUGUUUUAAUAAAUAAUUAAGCAAA